AUCUUCGAGGUGUUGGGGUCUGGCAAGCACUCCACGGUGUACAAGGGCCGCAAGAAAAACACAAUCAUCUACUAUGCCAUCAAAAGCGUGGGGAAGGAGGAGAGAGCUCGAGUACUGCAGGAGGUGCGAGCGAUGCACAUGCUCAGACACAGCAACAUCCUCAAGUUCUACGCCUGGUAUGAGACACGCAACCACCUGUGGCUCAUCCUGGAGUACUGUGUGGGCGGCGACCUCAUGUCCCUACUCAAAGAGGAUGGUAAGCUGCCGGAGGACUCCAUCCACGGCUUUGCGCGCGAUCUUACUGCAGCGCUGCAGCAUUUGCAUGCAGCCGGUAUGGCGUACAACGAUUUGAAGCCCUCCAACAUCCUGCUGGACGAGGACGGCCGCGUCAAGCUCGGCGGCUUCGGCCUCUCGCACAAGAUGUCCGCCGCCGCCAAGGCCGGCGCACAGCAGGCAAGCAGAUCUUCCUUGCUGCCGCCUCCUUGGCGGGGAACGCCAGCAUACAUGGCGCCGGAGCUGUUCCAGCCGAACGCCCCGCACAGCAGCGCCAGCGACCUAUGGGCCCUCGGCUGCGUGCUGUAUGAGUGCGCCGCCGGCCGCCCGCCCUUCAUGUCCACCUCGCUCACCCAGCUUGUGCACGAGAUCCUCAACACUGACCCCGCCCCCAUCCCAGGGGCGUCGCCGGAGUUUGAGGACCUGGUAUCGCGGCUGCUGGACAAGAACCCGGCGACGCGCAUCGGCUGGGCCGAGCUGCCGGGGCAUGGCUUCUGGAUGGCCCCACUGCCGCCGCGCGACAUGCCGCCCGAGCCGCUGCUGGAGCAAUUCAUUGCGGAGCACGGCCUGACGCCUGCGCCGCCCGCUGAAGUAAUGGACCAGCCAGACACAACCACAAAAAUCCUCGACGAACCAUCCAUACAAUGGCAGAGUACCACACCCAUAGACAUUAAAGAGGCAGAGCUGAGGCUGGAGGACCUGAUCUGGCACCCUUCAGACAGCGCGGUUCUGCCGAUUGUAGCCAACCGGCGCAUUGAAAACAUGGCCGAUCCGCAGUUUGACGCUGCAGCCCUGCCGUUUCAACCCCUGUCACUCCAGGAGCUCAUAGACUUGGAUGGCCACCCGAGUGCGCAGCAGGAGUUCAUAGGGUCUAUUUUUAUGGCACUGCACGGACCUGAGACCACCAAUGUAAAGGUGAACGUGCUGAACUAUCUGCAGACCAUCUGCUGCGACGUCUCUCUGGCGAAUGUGAUUGUCAACGCGCCCCUCACAAAGCUGCUGGUGCGCAUGCUUGCCUCUGCGCAGCAUCCGGCGCUGCGAGUGCGGCUGGCAUGCGUGCUGGGGCUGCUCGUGCGCUUCUGCACCUUCAUCGAGGACGAUGUCAACGCCUCAGGCAUGGUGGGAGUCCUGACGGAGUGCCUUGGAGACGCCAACGAGCGCGUGAGGCGGCGCAUCAUGGGGACGCUGGGAGAGCUGCUCUUCUACAUGGCCUCGCAGGCGACCGAGCGCGGCAGCGACUGCCCCUGGCGAAUCCCCCCGGCCAGCCUAGCCGCCACCGCCGGCCUGCUCGCCCCCGGAGAGGACGAAAUCACCCAGCACUACGCUGUGAAGACGAUCGAGAACCUGGCGAGCCGGCGGGGCGAGUGGGUGGAUUCACUCGCCAGCGCUGACGUGGCGGAGCGGCUGGCCGCCAUCUGGGCGGGGGCGCGCACCGAAGCGCUGCGCUCAUGCGCCGCAUCCGCGCUGUGCAGAUUGGCGCGGCAGUCCCCCGGCCACUUGCUCCCACUGCUGACCUCCCAGCGCAGCAUCCUGCACCUGGAAGAGCGGGGGCUGAUGGCAGGCGUGCUGUCUCUGCUGGAUGCGGUGCCAUUUCUGGCAGCCAAGGGCCUUGUGGCUGUGGCGCUUAUCUCUCGUGCCACCUACAAAUUCCUCGCGCACGCUGUGAAGUCCCGUUUGCUGCAUCAGCUUGAGCGGUUGUUUCAAGAGGAAGAUCCAGCAGUGACCAAGGCCCUGGCCGCCCUCUCUCAGGAGAUUGCAGCCGCCGUGGACAGCAUCUGCUCAAAUGCAGUAGUGCUGAGUAUGUUGGAAGCCCUGGUGCGCCACACUGAGACAGUCAUCGCGAACGCUGAGGUCAUCCUAGAUGUGCUGAUGCCAGCGCUGGUGGCCGCUGUCAGCGCUGAUGUCGGCGGUGACAUGCGCUUCGGCUGCCUCAAGGUUCUGGGUGAUGUCAUCGCCACGCUGCUCUCCGCCUCCAGGCCAGAUCCGGCAGUCACUGGGCGGUUGCAUGCAUUGCUGGGAGCGCACGUCCUCCCAUUGGUGCCAGCGCUGCUGCUGGAAGAUGAACCCAUCCCAGUCUUUGCGCUGAAGCUGGUGGGAGACUGCCUGGAGGACAUCCCUGGCAUUGCCCUGCCACCUCUUGCAGCGCAAGGGCUGCUGCCCCAAUUCUUUGGCUUUCUAGCUCUGGACUCGCACCACAACAACGUGCACAACCUGCGCGUGUGCCAGCUGCUGCUGGAGAGCCAUGCCAUGACACCUGUUGAGCUGCAGCAGCACAGCGUUGUGAACAAGGUGGUAGCUGUUGUGGAGUACGCGAUUGACAAUGCGAUGGAGACCUUUCUGCCCGCCGUGCUGCAGUUGCUGGCCUCGCUCCUCGAGUUUGACAGAAUAGCUCUCGCAGAGGGCUCCGAAGGUGAGUCAUCUUUGCGCCAUGCCCUGCAUUUGGCGUCUACAACCCUGUCAUGGGGAACUUUGUAG